AUGGAAAACGGAGCAACUUCAAAGAGGAAAAGACUGGUAAAAAAGUAUCAAGCUCAUGCAAAAGUUAAGGAAUUUGAAAUGACGGAAGUAUCUUCUGCUGCGAAACUAGUUCGGAAUUUUAUAACCAAAGGUGAUAAAGAAAGUAAUCAAGCCAAAAUAACACAACAGCCUAGGAGAAAAAUUUCAGAUAUUGGAGACAAAUAUAGUAGGGAGAAUUCAAUGGAAGGGAGAAAUAAAACACUUGUAGACAAUGUUAUGAACCGGUCUUUGAGGUCUUCCCAUAACCAAGUGAGGAAUAAUGUUCAACUAGAAGAACAACCAAUUCCUAAGAAGAUGAAGAGCAAGGCAAAGUGUCCAGCAAUGGCUCUUGAUGCCUUUUUGCAUACAGAAGGAGUAGAAGUGGAAAGAGAAGAGGAAGAUGACUUUGAGUCAAUUGGUGAGGAUGCUGGAGCUACUGAAAAAGAACCAGCUAACUUGACAAACUUAAAAAAUAACUUAAAGCGUCCAGCCAUGACUCUUGAUGCUUUUUUGGGUGACCAAGGAAUUCAUGUGGAAAGAGAAGAGGAACAUAAUGAAGUUCCAACUACUGAGGAUGCUAGAUCUAGGCCAUCCCCGAAUAAUGGAGAAAAUGUUCAUAUCCCCUCUGAGAAAGAUUAUAUUGGUGAACAUGAAAGUGACAAUUUUGAUGUAGAAGGGGAUCAAGUUAUGGAAGAGGCUCAUGUAGAAGAUACUUCAAAGGUUAAAAAGACUCGUGGAAAAACAAGAUGCCUAAAGAUUUAUGCAAGAACUUGGGAAGAAAGGGAGGAAGUGACUUUUGAUCAGGGAGCAGCCGUGGGGCCAACAGCUCAAAGAUCAAAGUUCAUUCUUCCAAAAUCUUCAAAGUUAUGGGUGAUGACUGGUGUUCAAGGAGCAUGGAAGCGUUACAAAACAAGAAUAAAAAAGAAGCAUUUUGAACCAUAUUCUGGAAAUAUUGAGGAUAUGUUGGUGAAUCGUCCUUUGGAAAUUCCAGAAAUACAAUUUCGGAAGCUAAUUGCAUAUUGGAGUAUUCCAACUGUCAAAGCCAUGUGUGUUAUAAAUUCUGAAAAUCGCAAGAAGCAACAAUGGAGGCAUAAAAUGGGCCCAAUCAAUUUUGCAAGAGUGCGUGUUGAUUUGCGUGAGAAAAAAGAGAACAAAGAGGAACCAAAUCAAGCUGAAAUGUUUGUUGCAACUCGGAAUGGACUAAAAGGGAAAACACUUGAUGUAGAAACACAAGCUGUUAUUUAUCUACUUUAUGGCUAUUUUGUGGUUGUCAUGGUUGCUGACUUGCUGCUUUCUAUGUUUUGUGGUAUCUAUUUUGUGGCUGUUUCAUGGGCUGUUUCAUGGCUGAUUUAG